AUGUUAUCUCGGGUUAACCAUAAGAACUUUGUCAAUCUCAUUGGCUACUGUGAGGAGGAUGAACCCUUCAAUAGGAUGAUGGUAUUUGAAUACGCUCCUAAUGGAACCCUCUUUCAGCAUCUGCAUGUUAAAGAAAUGGAAGAUCUUGACUGGAGUGCAAGAAUGAGGAUUAUCAUGGACAUUGCUUAUUGUUUACAAUACAUGCACCAUGAUUUAAAUCCACCAGUGGCACAUUCUAACUUGAAUUCACAUAAUAUCUUUCUAAUUGAUGACUAUGCAGCUACGAUUGCUGACAUCUCUUUCUUGCCACAAGAUUCCUCCAAGUCGAAGAGCUCAGGUAACAAUGAGUUAGUGCAUUCUACAUUGCCACCUUUGGCUGAUGUAGAGAUAAAUGUCUAUUGUUUUGGGAUUCUAUUGCUAGAAAUCAUUUCUGGAAAGCUCCAAUACUCGGAAGAACAAGGCUGCAUGCACGGCUGGCUGACAAACUUGCAAGCUGCUAAAUAUUUGAAUGACAAACGUAGUAUCAAUUAUAUGAUUGACCCAACCCUCAAGUCUUUCAAAAACAAUGAGCUUGACCUCAUAUGCGAGAUUAUCCAAGAGUGCAUACAACCAGAUCCAAGGCAAAGACCAACAAUGAAGGAUAUCACUUCCAAGUUGAGGGAAGUGAUUGCUAUCUCACCUGAUCAAGCAAUUCCAAGACUUUCUCUGCUUUGGUGGGUUGAACUUGAAAUAUUAUCUAUCGAGGCGACAUAA